UUUUUUUUUUCCAGAAGCAUGCCACCCCCUAAUAAAAGACAAAAACAUGCAAGAAUCUGUGGAUUUAUGGGUACACUUGCUAGAAAAAAGAAAGAAAUCGAACAACAGGAAGCUCUGAUGAAACUGCACAAUCUUCCAUUGACAUACACUGAAGACCAGUACAAGAUCGUUAAAGAGGAGUCGACGAUCUACAAAAACCGAUUUGAAACAGCUGCUGCUAAAAAUGUCGAGCUUUUAAAAGCCACUGAUGAACUCAAAAAAGAGCUGGAAUUUUUAAAGAGACAACCAGGAAACCAGUUUAAAGUUGAUAAAAAGUUGAAAUCCGAAAUUGACAGCGCUGAAGAGGAGUCGAAGUUCUACAAAAAUUGUUUCGAGACUACUGCUGCUGAAAAUGUUGAACUUUUAAAAGUCACCGACCAACUCAAGAAGGAGCUGGAAUUCUUGAAAGCACAACAAGGAAAUCAGUUUAAAGUUGAUAUGAAGAUCAAAUCCGAAAUGGAGAGCGCUACACAAUCUAAUUUGAUUCUGCUACGAGAAAAAGAAAUGUGGAAAGAUCGAUUUAAUGAUGUGCUCUCUGAAAAGCUUGCUCUAAGUGCACGAAUUAGAAAUGUGAUCGGCGACAGAUCGGAAUCCGUGGAAGUACCCAACGAUUCAAAUAGAGACAUUUGGGAAUUGCGAGAAGAUUUGGAAAUGGAGAGAAGUGCACGUAGAAAGGCUGAAGAAGAGCUGAAAAUUCUAAAAAUGACUUCAAGUCGUGGAUCUAUGCAUAUCAGCCGAGACUCCACCAACCAAACACCCAAUGAAAUUCUUCUGAGCAUGGCGAUCAGAUUAGAUUCGACGUCCAGUAAUUAAGGUUCCCUCCAACUCAGGCCAAGCCGUGUCAUCUUCAUGAAUCUCAUCACACAAUCAAUCAUGUGUUUCGUUGCAUUUAUGUUUUGAACGUUUUUAGAACGUUUCUGUUGUUGAAAUAAAAUAAAAUAUUAAUUAUCG